CUGACACGUCGUAGCCAAUCAGAGACGGGCGCGCGGCCUGCUUAUAAGCGCCAGGACGCGGCCGGUUGGCUUUUAAACUUCUGCAGAGAAGUUUGGAGCAAUCGGGACAAGAUGACCAGAAAGCUGCAAGGCCAAACCCUGGAGGAGGGCAAAAGUAGAAAAAGGAUUCUAAAGCCAGUCGUGGAGAAGAAGCGAAGGGAUCGAAUAAAUCAAAGUCUCGCAGAGCUGAGACGUUUGCUGUUGAGUUCCACGAGCGACGCACGUCUGCAGAAUCCUAAAAUAGAGAAAGCUGAGAUUCUGGACUUGGCUGUGGAAUAUCUUAAGAACUGGACAGAUAGGAAGAACAGAAGCAAUGAUUUGACUUGUGGAAUGAGGACCCAGGCGCCUCUGGUGGGCCCCGCAGAGCCCAGUGCUCAUCCCCUCCUCAUCUCUGAGACCGCUGGCUUCCAGCAGUGUGUGGCUCAGCUCACAGGCUACAUGCAAAAGAUACCACCGGCACAGAGGGCCAGUCUGAUCGAGGGGCUGCGGCAUCACGCGGAAAGCUGGCAGCCGAAACCAGACAUCACCCACAGCAUCGCAGAGAUGCCGGACGCAGCAUCUGUGGAUUCCAAUUCCACAUCGGACAGCAGCGAAGGGUCACCCUGGUAUCUUUUCCCAUCUCAUUCUCCCUUCCAGCCCCUCUCUUGCUCCUCACCCUGCCACGACUAUCUAUCCCCUCCUUCCUCCCCCUGGUUCUCUCCCCCUUUCCCGUCCUUUGCUUGUCACUUCUCCUUCCCCCCAAACCUGUCACCUCCUUCCUCCAACACCUCCUUCUAUAGUUUCUCACCCACACUUCCUCACACCAGCUCUCUUAGCUUUCCCGUCCCACCUUUCACAUCACUAAGACCCCCUCCGAACCCGUCACACAGGGAGGAGUCAGCAGCAAGCUCGUCCUCAUGCACGUGGAGACCCUGGCUUUAAUGACUAUUUACAACUGCUAGUAGAGUCACCUAGUGGAAAUAAGCUGUAAUUGCAAGCAUAAAUGUACAGUGUAUAUAUGAUUAAUAUUGACCAUAUUUGGAUUAUUUUUGUGAAUAAAUAAAUAAUGUACACAAAUCUAAUAAACCCUCUCUUUGUACAUGUAUAUCUUGUCUUGUACAUGCACCGUGAG